CUUCACAAAGAGAUAUCUUCCAAACCCUUUUUGUGUUGGAUGAUAUAUAUAAUUUUUUUCUCACUAUUUUGCACUGUAUAUAACCUGUUUUGACCAUAGUAUGUGUAAAGGCCAAAAACGCCUAUGACCAUAACUGCUGCUUGUGUUGAAUUGUCAAAAAUAAAACUAUUCAGUCUUAUUUUUUUCUAUUGAAUGUUUAUCCUAGCAAGUUAAGUAAAUAUUAUCAAGCUUCAAAACUGUUGGUCGAGCACGUUUGGUUGUCAGUGGGGCAUCAACAUUACAAAUUUUGAAAAAAGAUUUUGGGAUUUUUUUGUCUUUUUGGGUCCAAAAUGUGGAUUAAAAUUGGUCAGUGAAGAAAACAAACUGUUUGGACAUGAAGUUCAAGGUAUCCUGAAAAAAGGGACCCAACUUGGCCAUUGUGAACAAUUUUUUCUUUGAAAUAUAAAGGCAACAUCAGAGGCAUGCAAAUUCGGCCAAAAUAGGCUUAGGUGUUAAAGGGUUAAGUAUCAAAACUCACAAACGUCAAAUAAAGCAAACUGUGGUAAACAAAAUAGAAUAUAAAUUAAACAAUUGCCAGAUUGGGGGCCCCCUAGUGGUCAGAAGCCCUAAGCAGCUGCAUAGUCUGCGUAUCGGCUGGGCCGGCCCUGAUUGGACGUAUAUAUCCGUCAAAGAGAGCCUAAACAUGUCUUAAAUUUUUUUUUUUUUUUUUGCAUGCGUGCGACCUCCGACUGGGUCAUCGCUUUCCAAGCGCCCCCCCUUCUCCCUUUUUCCCAGCUUCCCCGCUAUAUGCCGCAUGUCCUCUUAUCUUACCAGCGGAAUGCAAGGCAACAGCUGUGCGAGGGGGGAGGCGGCGUGGCGUUUGACUGGCUGAAUCCCCCCUGGUAGACCCCCACGGCAGAAACAGCAGCAGCAGCGGCAGCAGCCAACCCCCUCCUCCCUCUUUCCCUCCCUCUCUUUGGAAGCGACAUUCCGGGCUCCUGAAAGGCAACUUAAAAGUGAAGCAGACGCACACGAGAGAGCGACUCGGCGGGGAAAGGAGUGGGAGAGAGAGAGGGAGAGAGAGAGAGAGAGAGGGAGGGAGGAGGAGAGCACAAAGAGAAGGAAAGUGGAGCAGGGGAGGGGAACCGGAGGCUGGCGAGGGAAAGACAAAAGAAGGAGCGAUCGGCGGCGGGCUCCGGGCGAAGGGGGGACCGCAGCAAAUGGCCACGGAGGAGACGGCGGGGGGAGCCAGGAAAGCCACCAAGAGCAAACUCUUUGAGUUCCUGGUCCAUGGAGUGCGUCCCGGCAUGCCAUCUGGGGCGAGGAUGCCCCACCAGGGAGCGCCCAUGGGCCCCCCCGGCCCGCCGUACGGAGGCAACCCGGCGGUGCGCCCCGGCCUGCCCUCGCCGGUGAUGGAGGCCGGCCGCAAGAGACCCGCGCCGUCCCAGCAGGUCCAACAGCAGCAGCAGCAGCAACAACAGCAGCAGGCCGUCCAGAACCGGGCCAGAAAGAAGCCGCUGGGAUUCCCGGGAGCCGGCGAGAUGGCGGCGAGGCCCGUGGACAUGAGAGAGCCGCAAUCAGAUCCCUCGCUCGGAUCCAAUGCAAAGAGGAGGAAAAUGGCAGACAAGAUCCUUCCGCAAAGGAUCCGUGAACUUGUACCCGAGUCUCAAGCCUACAUGGACCUUCUCGCUUUCGAGCGCAAGCUGGACCAGACCAUCAUGCGCAAGCGCGUGGACAUCCAGGAGGCCCUCAAAAGACCCAUGAAGCAGCAGAAGCGUAAACUGAGGCUGUACAUCUCCAACACCUUCAAUCCGGCUCGACCCGACGCCGACGACUCUGACGGCAGCAUCGCGUCGUGGGAGCUGCGGGUGGAGGGGAAACUUUUGGACGACCCGGGCAAGCAGAAGAAGAAGUUCUCCUCGUUUUUCAAGAGUCUGGUGAUCGAGCUGGAUAAAGAUCUCUAUGGACCUGACAACCACCUGGUGGAGUGGCACCGCACAGCCACCACGCAGGAAACUGACGGCUUCCAGGUGAAGCGACCUGGCGACGUCAGCGUGCGCUGUACGCUGCUGCUCAUGCUAGACUACCAGCCCCCCCAGUUCAAGCUGGACCCCCGCUUGGCGCGCCUGCUGGGCAUCCACACGCAGACGCGCUCGUGCAUCAUCCAGGCGCUGUGGCAGUACGUCAAGACCAACAAGCUGCAGGACUCCCACGACAAGGAGUACAUUAACUGUGACAAGUACUUUCAGCAGAUCUUCGACUGCCCCCGCCUCAAGUUCUCCGAGAUCCCCCAACGCCUCACCAACCUGCUGCUGCCUCCCGACCCAAUCGUCAUCAACCACGUCAUCAGCGUGGACCCCAACGACCAGAAGAAAACGGCCUGCUACGACAUUGACGUGGAGGUGGAGGACCCUCUGAAAAGCCAGAUGAGCAGCUUCCUGUUAUCCACCGCCAACCAGCAAGAAAUCGCCACGCUGGACAACAAGAUUCACGAGACCAUCGAGUCCAUCAACCAGCUGAAGAUCCAGAGGGACUUUAUGCUUAGCUUCUCUCGGGAUCCCAAAGGCUACAUCCAGGACUGGCUCAAGUCACAGAGCAGAGACCUCAAGUUGAUGACGGACGUAGUGGGCAACCCUGAAGAGGAGCGCAGAGCGGCCUUCUACCACGAGCCCUGGUCCCAAGAGGCCGUUAGCCGUUAUUUCUACUGUAAAAUCCAGCAGAGGCGACAAGAACUGGAGCAGGCUUUGGCGGUCCGCAACACUUAAGACAUCAAAAUGUGUGCAAGACGACCUCCGCCAAGGUCGUGUAGCGAAAUAACCAAAAUAUUAGGAGCUCGUUGACUGCCGCUGAAAGAUGAGCUGGUCCUCCCAGACGAAAUUUUAUUAACACACACACAAAAAACGACUUUUUUUUUUCUAAAACGACACCUUGGCGGAGGUAAAAAGGGAAUAUCUCAAAGGUUACACCAGCAACGUCAUCGAUUGACACAAGCUCAAUUUGAGUUUUUACUUUCGUAAUCAGAAGGCUUCCAAAGUGCGGCGUUUGUCGCCAACGUGGAGUCCCGCGUCAGUGUUAUGCAAAAUUGGAGCAUCGAUCCUUCUCGACGCCAAAGUGUAGAAAUCGAGGGACAAUAUCUUAUUGUUAUCGCACCAGAAAAUCAAAACAAGUUUACUCUUUUGUUAUCAUGAUUUAUUUCACGUUAGAACAUGGUAAGUUCAUGUUACGGCAUGAUGAAUUUAACGUUAAAAUAUGGGAAGUAGAGGUUCAACAAUUAAUCGACAACUAUUUUGAUAACCAAUUAAUCGUUUAGGAUCGUUUUCACCUUAAACUUACUCUAAAUUCUUGAAAUUAUAAUAUACUGUACAUAUAGCUUCUCCAGUGUAAAUAUUAUCAAAAUUUUUCAUUAUUUUUCUGUUUAAGUCAAAGUAGGACAUGAACCAAAAUUUGUAGGGCUGCAGCUAUCAAACUACUUCGAAUAAUCGAGUAAUCGGAUAAGGAACAUGAAAAAUUAAAAUACCUGAGUUGAGCCUCAAACGGUAUGAAAAAUAAAUAAAUAAAUGAAGAUCUAUUCUAUGUACAACAAAAGACAAUUGGCUAACUUUCAUAGCAAAAGUCUGCUAGCUUAAAUGCUAAAAAAUGCUAACUUUUUUUUCUUACAAGGCUCUUAACAAAUGGUUCAGACACAUAUUCCCGCAAACAACUGCUGAAUAUACUUAUAAACUUAAUUACGGAUACAUUAAAAAACAAACAUUAGCUCAAACAAAAACUUUGCUUAUGUUGGUCUUAACAGGGAGCAUCUGGAUUCACCCAUGUGAAAUGAGGCAGACCAGAUGUCAGUGUAUCCAUCUAAAUAAACAAAACUUACAUGCAAACACUUUCAAAAUAAACCUUUACAACGCCACUUUAAUUAAACGCAUACUCGAAGCAACAACGUUUAAUUCGAAUCUUUUUUUCUAAUCGAAUACUCGAGUUAAUCCAUUAAUCGUUGCAGCACUAAAAAUCUGCUUUUACUUUGGAAAACAACAAUUCACAUUUUUGCCGAUUUUCGGACAUCUUACUGUCUAAACUAGGUUCUUAAUAAGGCUGCAACAACUAAUCGAUUCAAUCGAUUAAUAAACUAGUUGCAAACAAAUUUGAUCGAUACAGUUGUAGACUACAGUUAAGUCAGGAAGUUGUCAUAAAAUAUUAUUUUUGAAGGAAAUAGUCAUCCAUUUUGUCUUCAGUGUUACUUGCAACAUGUCUAAAACAACUUCAAGGUAAAUUGUUAAGGUAAUUAAAAAGUGUUAUUUAUCCGAUUUAUUCUUUAAUUAAUUGUCCAAUUAAUCGAUUAUGAAAAUAAUUGUUAGCUGCAGCCCUAAUGGGAAGAGGAAUUACUUUAUCACUCGUAGACAUCGUUCAUUCGCUGCUAUCCCUCCGACUUCUAACGGAUUGGACGUCUAUGAUUGUCAGUGGCAGACGAUGCUAGGCAAUUUUGGGGCAUUUCACAUCAUUUCCUGUUGAUUUAGGGUCAUUUCUUUUUCCUCUUGGGGCAUUUACAGUUCACUUCCUGUUGAUUUUGCGUCACUUCCUUUUCAUGUUGGGACAUUUACAGGUAACUUUCUGUUGAUUUUGGGACAUUUACAGGUCACUUACUGUUGCUUUUGGGUUACUGAAAAGGAAGUGACUCAAGAAUUGUCCGUACAUGAAUAGGAAGUAGUGCGGCAACGAUUAACUCAAGUAAUUUGAUUAGAAAAAAGAUUCGAAGUAAAUUUUGCUGCUUCGAGUAUUCGUUUAAUUAAAGUAGCGUUGAAAUAGUUUGUUUUGACGCAUUAAGUAUAACACCAUUUACUAUUUAGUUUUAUUGAUUUGGGUGAAUACACUGCCCCCUAGUGGCAACAGUGAAUAUGAUAUAACUAAUUUCACAUGGCUGAAUCCAGCUGCUCCUUGUUAAGACCAAUUAUGAUAUAACUAAUUCCACAUGGCUGAAUCCAGCUGCUCCCUGUUAAGACCAACAUAAGCUAAGUUUUUGUUUGAGCUAAAGUUGUUUUUUUUAUACAUUCGCAUUUUUGCGGGAACAUGUGUUUGAACCAUUUGUUUAGAGCAUUGUAAAAAAAAAAAAAAAAUUAUAGCAAAUAAGCUAGCUGACUUUUGCUAUCUAAGUUAGCCAAUUGUUCUUUUGUUGUACUUAAAUCCCCAUUUAUUUGGUUUUCUAUCCGAUUACUCAGUUAUUCAAAUUACCUAGUUCAUCGAUUAAUCGACUACGAAAAUAAUCGAUAGCUGCAUCCCUAAUAGGAAGUGACUCAAAAUCAACAGGAAGUAACCUGUAAAUGCCUUAAAAUGAACAGGAAAUGACCUGUUAAGACUGGCUGUGAAUGCUCUGGUUACAGUGCCAUUGACGGUGCUCGUCGUCCAACUAUUCUAUGGCUGUCAGUGGCAGCCAAUGCCAAGCAACGAGCACAUUUUGGGGCAUUUACAGGUCACUUCCUGUUGAUUUGAGUUUACUGAAAAGGAAGUGACUUAAUAAUGUCCCCGAAUGAAUAGGAAGUGACUCAAAAACAACAGGAAGUAACCUGUAAAUGCCCACAAGAGACUGGCUGUGAAUGUUCUGGUCUCAAUGGCAUUGACGGCGCGAGACAUCCAAUCCAGUCAAAAUUAAUUGGACAUCUAAUGUCGUCAAUGGCAGCCAGUGAGCUAAUGUAGACGCCAUUCAAAUUGACUUUUUUUUUUUUUUUUUGAACCAGUGACAUGCUUUUAAAACAAUAUAUCGAUUGCUGGUGGGAGUAUAUCGAUAACCUUUUAGGCUACAAAGUAUCGCCAUAUAUCGCCAUUUCAAUAUAUUGUCACACCCCUUAAUGUUACGUGACAAAAAUUCCAUUCCGACAAAUUGUACGUCAAAACAUGAUGAAUUUCCCGUUUUAUGUGGGACAAUCAAAUUUUAGAGUUUUAACGAAUACAAACUUAAUCACAUAACAAAUUAAUAAACUUUUGUUUUUUCUGGUGUCGUAAUUUCUGUCAAAAUGUUCAAAACAAGCUGGAGUUUUUUUUUUUUUUUUUACUUCAGUGAGAAUUGCUAACAUGCUAACAGUCAAUAUGCUAACCUAUAGCAAGCUGUGUGUGUUUGCGUGUGUACUUAUGUGAAUGUAAAUAUGUGUACGUUUGAAGGCUUUUUUGAACGUGAAAUACUUUUCAUGAACUCAACAUUUUUUUAGGGGAAGGAUGACACUUGCCUUGUAUGUAAACGUGGGCGUUUCCCAUGAAGGUUGCUGUCGGAACGUGGCUGACGUUCCUUUUUUUUUUUUUUUUGCACUGUGCUAUAAAUUGCCCGCCUUCUCUCGUUCGCAGGCGACACGUCACUCUCACUCUUCUUCACUUUGGCCUAUGCAUGCUCUGUGAAUCAAACACUAGUUGUAAAUAUAUAUAAAUACAUGCAUACAGUAUGGGCGCUUGACAUGCUUGGUCAACAUGUGUUAAGAGUUAGAGGGCCAGACUCAAAAGAAAAUGAGAACUUAAUCAUUUGACUUAGUAAAGUUGCAUUUUUAUCACAAGUAAAAAUGUGUCUUUUCUAAGAAAAAUAUGAAUAAGAAUAAUAAUUAAAAACUGCAUUUUUCCCAUUGAUUGUGGAGGGGAAAAAAAGUAGUUCGACUAAACUGUUGCAUUUUACUUGGAAAAAUACAACUUCAGUCCUUAAAAUAUGACUUCAUGAAUUACAAUUACGACUUUUUAUAUUCCAAAAUAAUAAAUUGUAUUUCUUACUUUUUUUGCUAGGAAAAAUUAAGUUUUACUCUUGAAAAGUUUUUGUCCUUUUUUAUAGCUAGCAAAACAACAAGUUUCACGCUAGCGUAGCAACUUAGCUUAGUCAAAAUUGGACUCCCUUUCCCCAAAACUAAAUCAAAUUAAGGUUGUUUUCGUUUUAGUUUGGCCCUCUCACUUCUUCUAAAACAGACAAACAAUGCCUUUUGUACUUUUUUGCCAAAAAAUAACAUAACGAGCAACCAGCAAAUCUGUUUAGCGAUGUUUUUUCUUACCUAGGUCAAUUUAGAAUCGAAGCAUUAAUAACAAUAACCAUUAGUCGUCUUGUAGCUAAUUUUCCUCUUGUUGAUAGUCAUUCAGCUGCUAUGUAGCGCCCUCGUGUGGCGCGGAGGAGACUUGCAGCGUCCCCUGACAAAACGUUCUCAAACGUGUCCGCUCGCUCUUGCAUGUUUUUUGUUUUCUGAGCGAGGCUGCUCUUCACUUGUGUUUGAAAAAUGUAAAAUUACUUGAUAUUAAAAAUAAAAUUUGAAAAAAAAAGAGGAGCAAAAGGGACAACAGCUGUGACCCUGUGUGACGGACUGGAUGUAAAUAAAGAAGCGCUUGCCAAAGUUUGUAAAUGCCAUAACGUGUUAGUCUUCUUUUUUGUCUGUUUUCCUCGUUAAGAUAUUAUUUUUAAGUGUGUCCAAAUCUUGAGGAGCUUUCUAAAAAAUGUCAAAAGUAGCGGCGACGUUCUCAAUUUUGAAAGUUCACUUCCUUGUUUUACAUUGAAAAGCGGAAGUGACGUAGCGAAAAUGAGUUGCUGUCAUGGUUACGCACACAAGUUAGCAUUGUUUAACAACUGCACAUGUCGAAUGUCACAUUUUCCGCCGAUUAAAAGCCCCCUUUCAUAAAAAUGCAGUGAAGUGAACCUUUCAGUUUUGUUUUAGGAAGGCUGACGCCAUCUCGUAGGUUGGAGUGGAGAGGGGAAGCUAAUAUUUAUUUUUGUGAGCAAGAAUGUCAAGACUCAUGCAUUUUCCAUUGUAACAGUACAUUACUGAAUCAGUGUUAGG